AAGUUACUCUAUCAGAACUCCUUCUGAGGUAUGAGGAGGAUACGUCUAAUAACUCAAUUGCUGUAAACUUAUUAUUAUUUUUCUGGUUUUAAACAUCUCUUCAGCCUCAGAUUGAUUGCAAUGUUCCUUCUACUUCAUUUCAUCGUUCUCAUCAAUGUCAAAGAUUUUGCACUGAGUGAAGGUAGCAUGAUCACCUCUCCCUGCCGAAAAGGAUAUUUUCCCUGUGGGAAUCUUACCAAGUGCUUACCCCGAGCUUUUCACUGUGAUGGCAAGGAUGACUGUGGGAACGGGGCAGACGAGGAGAACUGUGGUGACACUAGUGGAUGGGCAACUAUAUUUGGCACAGUCCAUGGAAAUGCUAACAAGGUGGCCUUAACGCAGGAGUGCUUUCUAAAACACUAUCCGCAAUGCUGUGACUGCAAAGAAACCGAAUUGGAAUGUAUAAAUGGUGGCUUAAAGUCUGUGCCAAUGAUUUCUAAUAAUGUGACAUUACUGUCUCUUAAGAAAAACAAAAUCCACAGUCUUCCAGAUAAAGUUUUCAUCAAAUACACAAAACUUAAAAAGAUAUUUCUUCAGCACAAUUGCAUUAGACACAUAUCCAGGAAAGCAUUUUUUGGAUUAUAUAAUCUGCAAAUAUUAUAUCUCAACCACAACUGCAUCACAAUGCUCAGACCUGGAAUAUUCAAAGACUUACAUCAGCUAACCUGGCUAAUUCUAGAUGACAAUCCAAUAAGCAGAAUUUCACAGCGCUUGUUUACCGGAUUAAAUUCCUUGUUUUUCCUGUCUAUGGUUAAUAACUACUUAGAAGCUCUUCCCAAGCAGAUGUGUGCCCAAAUGCCUCAACUCAACUGGGUGGAUUUGGAAGGCAAUCAAAUAAAGUAUCUCACGAAUUCUACGUUUCUGUCGUGUGAUUCGCUCACAGUGCUGUUUCUGCCUAGAAAUCAAAUUGAUUUUGUUCCAGAGAAGACAUUUUCUUCAUUAAAAAAUUUAGGAGAACUGGAUCUGUCUAGCAAUAUGAUAAUGGAGCUAUCACCUCACCUCUUUAAAGACUUGAAGCUUCUACAAAAACUGAACCUGUCAUCCAAUCCUCUUAUGUAUCUUCACAAGAACCAGUUUGAAAGUCUUAAACAACUUCAGUCUCUAGACCUGGAAAGGAUAGAGAUUCCAAAUAUAAACACACGAAUGUUUCAACCCAUGAAGAAUCUUUCUCACAUUUAUUUCAAAAACUUCCGAUACUGCUCCUAUGCUCCCCAUGUCCGAAUAUGCAUGCCCUUGACUGACGGCAUUUCUUCAUUUGAGGACCUCUUGGCUAACGAUAUCCUCAGAAUAUUUGUCUGGGUUAUAGCUUUCAUUACCUGCUUUGGAAAUCUUUUUGUCAUUGGCAUGAGAUCUUUCAUUAAAGCUGAAAAUACAACUCACGCUAUGUCCAUCAAAAUCCUUUGUUGUGCUGACUGCCUGAUGGGUGUUUACUUGUUCUUUGUUGGCUUUUUCGAUAUAAAAUACCGAGGGCAGUAUCAGAAAUACGCCUUGCUGUGGAUGGAGAGCGUGCAGUGUCGCCUCAUGGGGUUCCUGGCCAUGCUGUCCACCGAAGUCUCUGUCCUGCUACUGACCUACUUGACUUUGGAGAAGUUCCUGGUCAUUGUCUUCCCCUUCAGUAACAUUCGGCCUGGAAAACGGCAGACCUCAGUCAUCCUCAUUUGCAUCUGGAUGGCCGGAUUUUUAAUAGCUGUAAUUCCAUUUUGGAAUGAGGAUUACUUUGGAAACUUUUAUGGGAAAAAUGGAGUAUGUUUCCCACUUUAUUAUGACCAAACAGAAGAUAUUGGAAGCAAAGGGUAUUCCCUUGGAAUUUUCCUAGGUGUGAACUUGCUGGCUUUUCUCAUCAUUGUGUUUUCCUAUAUUACUAUGUUCUGUUCCAUUCAAAAAACCGCCUUGCAGACCGCAGAAGUAAGGAAUCACAUUGGAAGAGACGUGGCUGUUGCAAAUCGUUUCUUUUUUAUAGUGUUCUCUGAUGCCAUCUGCUGGAUUCCUGUAUUUGUAAUUAAAAUACUUUCCCUAUUCCGGGUGGAAAUACCAGACACAAUGACUUCCUGGAUAGUGAUUUUUUUUCUUCCAGUAAACAGUGCUUUGAAUCCAAUCCUCUAUACUCUCACAACCAGCUUUUUUAAGGACAAGUUGAAAGAGCUGCUGCACAGACAUCGGAGGAAAUCAAUUUUUAAAAUUAAAAAAAAAAGUUUAUCUACAUCCAUUGUGUGGAUAGAUGACUCCUCUUCCCUGAAACUUGGGGUUUUGAACAAAAUAACACUUGGAGACAGUAUAAUGAAACCAGCUUCCUAGCAAUCAUUUUGGAUCACUGGACUUUCAGUGGACUACCUAAAACAGGGUACAGCUUUUGGAAGAUAACAUCUGCAAUGCUUUUCACCUUUACCAAUGGCAAGCCUUUCUGCACAGAGACCACAGCAGAAUGGCUCCUGUCACAGCAUUCCAAUGGCAGCUGUACUAUCUACCAACCAUGCUGAGGACAACACCAAAAGUUCCUCUCCUCACCCUACAUGCCUGAAAUACACACAUGAAUUCAUGU